GGUGGCCGCGGAGGCCGCCGCGGCCAGGCCAGGGCCAGCCGCGCAGCCGCACCACCGCGCCAGCCAUCCAGCGACGCGGUGGGCGAGGGCCAGCGGUGCGGGCUGUGCCUCGCGCACCUCCACGCCGACGACCUCGUGGGCCCGUCCUGCGGGCACCUGUUCUGCGUGCGCUGCCUGCAGUGCCACGUGCUCGGGGCUGACUUCUGCCGCCAGGGCGCCAGGUGCCCGCGGUGCCCGGCGGACUUCACCGUGGAGCAGGUGAAGUUCCUGGUCGGGGAGCGUGCCUACGGCGCCCGGCAGGCAGACAUGGUGCGGGAGGACGAGGCGCUCGCCCGGCGCGUGGCCGCAGGCGCCAGGCUGCGGUGCCCGCGCUGCGGGCGGGAGGAGCACGACGGGGUGCGGCCCUCGGCCGCCGAGAACGGCGCCGCGGACCAGCGCUUCGACGAGCUCAUGGCGGAGCAGCACUGGCGGCGGUGCCCGGUGUGCGCUGCCCCCUCGGAGAAGGACUGCGGCUGCAACUUCAUGCAGUGCUGCUCCUCUAGGGCCCUCCUGGCCCGAGGUGCCAGGGGCACACGUACUGGUGCUACAUAUGCGGGAAACAGAUGCGGGAGGAGGACCACUACUCGCACUACCCCAGGA